AUGGCCAACCUUACUUUCAAGCCCGAGUUCAUCCUGCUGGGGUUCUCCGAUGUCCGGGAGCUGCAACUGGUCCACGCCGCGUUGUUCCUCCUGGUCUACCUGGUGGCCCUGAUGGGCAAUCUCCUCAUCAUUGCCAUCAUCACCCUUGACAUGCGUCUCCACACCCCCAUGUACUUCUUCCUCAAGAACCUGUCCAUCCUCGACCUCUGCCUUAUCUCCGUCACUGUCCCCAAAUCCAUUAUCAAUUCGUUGACCGACCGCAGAUCCAUCUCUUUCCUGGGCUGUGGUGUCCAGGUCUUCUCCGUGAUUCUGUUUGCCGGUUCAGAGCUGUUCAUCCUCACAGCAAUGUCCUACGACCGCUACGUCUCCAUCUGCUGCCCCCUGCGCUAUGAGAUCACCAUGAACAGAGAAGCCUGUAAGCAGAUGGUGGCCGCUUCCUGGCUCACUGCAGGUCUGUUUGCAGUGACAUCUUCAGCUGAGAUGUUUUCUCUGCCCUUCUGUGGGUUCCCUGUGAUCUUACAGUUCUUCUGUGACAUUCCCUCUGUAGCCAAACUCUCUUGCUCUGCUCCACACAUUGCCCUAGAUGUGAUCGUAGUCACCGGGGUUUCUUUGGGCGCAUCCAGCUUUAUUUGCAUCCUCAUUUCUUACAUCUGUAUCUUCUCUGCCGUGCUGAGGAUGCCAUCCACUGAGGGCCGGACCAAAGCUUUCUCCACCUGCCUGCCCCACCUUGUUGUUGUGACCUUGUUCCUCUUCACCGGGAGUGUUGAACACCUCAAACCACCCACGGCUUCCCCCUCCCUUCUGGACUUGUUGGUGUCCAUGUUCUAUGUGGUGAUGCCCCCUACCUUGAACCCCCUCAUCUACAGCCUGAGGAACAGGGACAUUAAGGUGGCGAUGAGGAGAGUCAUAGGUGGGACUCUUUUCUCCAAGGAUAGAAAGUUCCACCUCAUGCUUUGA